UGACGUCAUGGGUAAUCGCCGAGACCUGUGCCCAGUCAGUAGUCGGCCCCAGGAAUUUGUUUUUAGCCAGAGCUGCCAUGAGCAAGCGGAACCAGGUGUCGUACGUGCGACCGGCCGAACCGGCAUUUCUGGCCCGCUUCAAGGAACGGGUCGGCUACAAGGAAGGGCCCACGGUAGAGACCAAGAGAAUCCAGCCUCAGCUGCCAGAUGAAGAUGGUGAUCACAGUGACAAAGAAGAUGAACAGCCCCAAGUGGUGGUUUUAAAAAAGGGAGACCUGUCAGCUGAAGAAGUAAUGAAAAUUAAAGCAGAAAUAAAGGCUGCCAAAGCAGAUGAAGAACCAGCUCCAGCUGAUGGAAGAAUCAUGUAUCGAAAACCAGUCAAGCGUCCCUCAGAUGAAAAAUAUUCAGGUUUAACAGUAAGCUCAAAAAAGAAGAUGACAAAUGAAAAUGAAAUAAGGAAGCAGGACUCAGUUAAAAAGAACUCACAAAAGCAAAUCAAAAACAGUAGCCUCCUUUCUUUUGGCAAUGAAGAUGAAAACGAAUGCCUUAUUCUAGUCCUGUGAGCUAAUACCAGGUGUCAGCCCUCAAAAUGAAACCAUCAGUAGGGAGCUGUGGAUGUUCCAGCAGAACUGAGAGCUGCCCUGUCCUGAGGAUCUGAAGAGUUCUUAGAGCUAACCUGACUUUCUGUCAAUCCCUGGGAUCCCAGGAUGAACUGAUCCACCUGGUUUCUCAAGAGAAGAAUCUUUAGGACAAGGCAUAGAACCCAGAGCUAACCCACCCACCACACCCUCAGGCCCCAUCUUGGGAUUCCCAGUAGAGUGUGAAGGGAUCCAACUGCAGCACGGGGAGCUGGCCUUCCCUUGCUGUACAGGUUUCAUUCCUGGGAUCCUACCUGGGAUUUUGUCAGACAGAUGGAUCUUCCAACAUCUUCCCUGGCUCCUGGCCUCCUUCCAUGGCUCUCCUUUAAAUUUAGCAUUCCUCCUUGCUCAGUCUACCUGACCCAGCCCUGUUUCCUGGGGACACAUCCUUGUGCACCAUUUGAGUUCCAUUUUAUGGGACUCAGAUUACCCCACAUGCCCAGCAGCCUCAAUUCCUGGGCCAGCUGACACCUGCUGAAGGGACCGAGAAGCUGAAAGGGAUGUCCUGGGGUUGCUCUUUCCACCCUGGCUUCUUUAAGCUCAUAGGGCCCUCUAACACCAGAGAUGAUAAUGGAAGCAGUCAGCAAGUGUAGGCAUCUCUGCUGUCCUACCUGCCCCAUGAGAUAGUUGUCAGAAUCAAAAGUAGUUAUUUGUCAAACUCUAACAAAAAAUAAAGCUAUGAGGCUGAGAAGGGAGGGCACUCACACAUACAUGUCUACGAUAAAAACAAUUACAAAAACUUAUACACAUGCUUGUAACAAAAACUUUUACCAAGGACUUUUCAAACUUUUACUUGCUACAGGAGUCACAGGACAGCUAGCUGGAUGUACAAGAACAUUUGCCUGACACUGUCUUCACUAAUAAACUGACAGCAACUCCUGCCAUAGGCCCGUGUAACCAAUGUUCGGUUUGUUUCAAAACACGUUUUAAACUUUUCUCUCUUGCCUUUAAAAACCUUUGUCGUCCCUUACCUUCCUGAAUAUGCACAUAGUUUACUGUGGUAUGCACAUUCCCGUUGCAAUGCUGUAUUCCCAAAUAGAAGUUUUUCUUAGAGAUUUGUCUCUAUAUUUUUAACAUCCCCAUGGCCUCUCCCAAACAAGUUCACAAGCAACCUGUCCUUUCUCCUGUGAACUUGCCUUCAAAUCCCAACAAGGUCACAUACAAGUUGUGUGAACUGGCAUAUGUUGCAGAUACUAAGCCUCAGAUUCCUCAACAGUACAGUCAGGGCAACAAUUCCUGACUUAAUUAUUCCAGUGAUUGAGAAGAUAACUAUGUAAGGGGCUUACAAAAACCCUACACACAGGAAGCAAAUUAUAGCUGUUAUUAUUAUAACUUCCCCUGAACAUGUGCAUAGCUACAGGCUCCUGGUAGUUUCCUGAAGUUCCAAAUCAAAGGGAAGGACCUCCCAGAGCCAGCUUUUAGCUAAAAUCUGAAGAACACUCUCUGUAUGAUGAUGCAAUGUGAAAGCAUGCUGUCUUCAUUUUGCAUGGCAGCCUGCUUAAAACAGCUCUACACUUUUCUCUGUAACAUUAACAAACAGGAAAGAACUGUUAUGAGUUCCUUGAAGUUUUAAGCAGAAUUACAGCAGAACUCUCCUCCAAAGCUUAAAUUACUUUUGAAAUAAAGGGGGCCUGGACCUAAUUUGGAUGGAAUCUAAGCCACCCAAGACGAGAAUGCAGCAACAGACUGGCUCCUACAUUCUGAUUCUAUAAAACUAGAGUAGGUAAAACAAGAUGAGCUGGUCACUGAGGCCAAAUCUUGCUGGUCUAGGAUGACCAACAUCUAGCUCAUCCAGGACUAAAGGGUUUCCUGGAAUGUGGACUUUCAGUGCUAAAACCAGGAAAGUCCCAGGGAAACCCUACACUGAUUUUUCUUUUAGGUCUGAGUUACUAGUCCUUCCUCCAAGAAUCUUCCCCUAAAUGGGUACACACUGAGUACCUGCUUUGUUCCAGGCACUAUUCUGAUCCAGAGGCCUAUUGCCUAUUGGAGGAAACCAAUGAAGUUAUUACACUUUGGAUUGGAUGCUGGAAUAGAGGUGUACAGGGAAUUCUAGUGCCCACAUUUUGCCACCUCUUCUGAUUUUGACUGGGAACCUUUGUAAAGGAAUGACUGUUCUUAUUUCUCGUAUUGAGGAUAAAUGCAAUAUUCUGACGUGGAAGGCUUUGUUUUGUUUUGUUUUAGCUACCAGUGCUCAUCUUUCUUCCAAAACCUGGGAAGGAACCAGAUAUGCGUUAAAAAAAAUAAAAAAGUCAACCUGUAGAUACUACAGAUAUAUUUUUAACAAUAUUAAACACAACUAUCAUUACACCCUAUACCAUUAGUAAUUCCUUAGAACCAGCUACUGGUAGUCCAUAUUUAAAUUUUCCCCAGUUGUCUCAAAAUGCCUUUGUACAGGGGGUUUCUUCAAAUCAGAAACCAAGCAAGCUCCACUAUAUUUGGUUGAUGUGUUUCAUAAAUCUUUUUAAAUGUUUAAUUCCCUUUCCCUACCUUUUUUUCAUUUUGUUGAAGAAACUGGGUCUUUGUCCUGUACAAUCUGUACAAUCUUUCACAUUCUCUGGAUUUGGUUGAUUGUGGUCUCCUGGCCAUUAACAUUGGUGUAUACAUACAAUUAUUAUAGUUAUUUUUAAAAGGAGAGAGAGAAAAGUUAAGCAGAGAAGAAAUGCUAGAAUAAAUAUACUACCGUGACUGUA